AUGGCUGAAGAAGUUUUAAUAACGACCCCAGGGAAAAUUACAUCGCACCUCACUGCCUCCCUGCUGGCCGUUGCCUUCCUCACCUCCUUUGGCAGCUCCAUGCUAUAUGGCUUCAACCUGGCUGUGGUCAACUCUCCGGCAGGGUACAUUAAGGACUUCUACAACCGCACCAUAGUGAGCCGCAAUGGCAGCGGGCUGAACGAGGAGGCGCUGACGCUCAUGUACUCCCUCACCGUGUCCGUCUUCGCCAUCGGCGGCCUCAUGGGCUCCCUCAUGGUGGGCAUGCUCGUCACCAAAUUCGGGAGGAAGGGGACUGUGGUGAACUCCACAGUGCUGGUCUUCAUCGCCGGCUCGUUGAUGGGGUUCAGCCGGAUCUGUGGCUCCCCGGAAAUGGUCAUUUUCGGGCGCUUUGUGACCGGCAUACACUCAGGGAUCUCACUCAGCGUGGUGCCCAUGUACCUGGGGGAGAUUGCCCCCAAAAACCUGCGGGGCUUCCUGGGCCUCAUGCCCAGCAUCUUCAUCUGCCUGGGGGUCUUCACGGCCCAGAUCCUGGGGCUCCAUGAACUCCUGGGAAAGGAGGAGUACUGGCCCCUGUUCCUCGCCCUGGUGGUGGUACCCACCUUCAUCCAGCUGAUGCUGUUACCAUGGUUUCCAGAGAGUCCUCGCUACCUGCUGAUUGAAAAGCACAACGUCCAUGCCACCAUCAUGGCUCUGAAGUGGUACCGCUCCAAGUGCAACAUCCAGGCGGAGAUCGAGGAGAUGCAAGAGGAGCAGAGGACCCUUUCCUCGGUGAAGACCGUGUCGGUGUGGCGUCUGCUGCUGGACUCCAGCGUGCGCUGGCAGGUCCUCUCCGUCGUCAUCAUCAACAUCGGCAUGCAGCUGUCCGGGAUCGACGCGAUCUGGUUCUACACCAACGACAUUUUCGAGAACGCAGGGAUUCCAGCCCCUCAGAUCCAGUACACCACAGUCGGGACAGGAGCCAUUGAGGUCAUCGCGGGGCUCAUAGGGUGUUUCACCAUUGAGCGUCUAGGGAGGCGGCCGCUCAUCAUUGGGGGCUUUGGCUGCAUGGGAGUCUGCUGUGCCGGCAUCACCCUCUCUCUCAUUUUACAGACACACGUGUCCUUCAUGAAGUACGUCAGUGUUGGCUGUGUGGUUGGGAUCAUCGCUGGGUUCUGCAUAGGACCAGCCGGAGUUCCUUUCCUGAUCACAGCAGAGCUCUUUACUCAGUCACACCGGCCUGCGGCCUACACCGUGGGCGGAUCCCUCAACUGGAUGUCCAACUUCACUGUGGGCUUUGUCUUCCCCUUCCUGCAGAUGUCCGCCGGGUCCUACUGCUACCUCGUCUUCUGCGGGAUCUGCAUGGCAGUGGCUGCCUACGUCUUCUUCAUCAUCCCCGAGACCAAGAACAAGACGUUCGUGGAGAUCAGCCAGAUGUUCGCCUCCAAGCAGGGCAUCAUGGAGAGCCAGCUGCUGACCAGCCCGGACCAGCUCAAGCUGAGGAAGAUGAACGGAUACGGCACCCUCGAGAACGGCUCUCUGGAGUUCGACAGCUCAGCGUCCACCUCGUAGACCUGUGGAGAGGGAGGAAAAGAGGCGACUUUGACACGCACAGCUCUGUCAGGCAGGAUGAAAAC